UAAUGAAGUAGCUCAAGGAUUAAUUCAAGAAAAAUCAGGAUGUCUUGUCAAAUUCUGGUAUUAUGUGUCUGAAGAUCUUGAAAAUUGUCCGUAUAUUUAUAAUCGCAGCAGAGGAUAUCUUAGAUUUAACAGCAAAAAAAUUAAUUACCCGUAUGUAUUUUUAUUAUCAUUCAGGGCAGCUUCCGAUAGUACAUCGAUACAACGAUUUCUUAAAGGAGUUCCACUUCCGGAAUUACACCCAUUAUUAAAUAAUCGAUCUAAAAUUGAGCAUAUGAUUGCAACAAGUCAUCAUGCUGAACAUCCGUAUGGUCAAGAUAUUAUGGGUGUUGCAUACAUGCUUUUAAAGCAAAAACAGAAUGAAAAAGAUAAUCCUUAUAUUAGAUCUAUUC